AUGACGAAACGAAUCUGGUGCGUCACACCAAAGUCACCCACCCUCUGCUUGCAGUUGUCGCACGCCCAAGACAUUUGCAGCCUACGCACGCUGCUCACGGCUGCAGGCCCCUUGGCAGGCACAAACCCGGCUCUGUUCCCAGUUUGUGCUGCUGCAUGGUCAACUACCGGCAAGGCAAGUAAGUCAUACUACUCUGCUCUACUAGCCAUGGCGCGCUUUGUUGCAUCAAGGUUAGGUAGCUUGGUUUUUGCGUUCUUGCUCAUUCUUGUACUACAAUGA